GUUUUUAAUAAAUAUGUUAAGAAUGUGAAAGAAGAUGAAAAUGAUAGAAACAUCAGAUGGUUCUACUUACAAACAGGGUAAACCUAUAAAGAAGAAGAAGAGUUCAUCUAAAGAAUCUCUCAAGUGGGAUAGAGCAAUAGCGAGAGGGAAGCUCUGCUGGGAAACUCAGGAUUGAACUAUGAAUCCACCUAAAUUUGAUUCAAGCACAGUCCGGUAUCUCUGGACUAUCUGGCAUGUUAUAGAUCAAGAGAGUCAAGCAAGUUACGCAGUGAAGGCCAUUUCAAAACAUUUAGCCAUGAAACUUGGUCAAACAGAGAAUAUUUGCAGAGAAAGAAGGAUCCUGCUUGGACUGAAACAUCCCUUUAUAGUCAGGAUGUAUAAGACAGACAGUGAUAUGAGAUGAGUAUAUCUCUAUCAAGAUUUUGUCAACGGAGGCAGCCUCACAUUGCUUCAUAAAAUGCAAGCGGAGUUUAAAGACGAAAUUAUUCAGUUUUAUGCUGCUCAGAUCGCUCUGGCUCUUGACUAUAUACAUUCAAAAGGGAUUAUUUAUCUUAAUGUUAAGAUGGAUAAUGUUAUGAUAGGGAAAGAUGGGUACUUGAAGUUAAUUGAUUUCCAUAAAGCCAAAAAAUUGUAUAAGAUAGGAAAGACUAACACUACUAUCGGAAAUCCAACAUACACGGCUCCUGAAAUACUUGAAGGUAAGAUCUAUGACUCUUCACCAGAUUGGUGGGCUUUUGGAAUCCUUCUCUAUGAACUCCAUUAUGGCUCUCCUCCAUUUGCAGGAUCAGAUCCUUUUGAAGUCUUGAAAAGCAUCCAAAAAGAUGAAGCAAAGUUCUCUGAUGAGAAUAGCGAUCUAGACCAUUUACUUAGUAGAUUACUCAGAAAAGAUCCAAAGAAUAGAUGCAAAGGACAAAAAGUCUUGCAACAUAUGUUUUUCAAUAACCUAGACUUUAAAUCUCUCCUUGCAAAGAAAAAAGAACCCCCAUUCUUUCCAAAUGUAAAGUCUGAAAGUUACACUAGAAACUUCAAGAAGGUGGAAGCUGAUCUACCGAUGAUAGAGUAUCCAAUGGUCGACUUUGUCAAACGUAAAAUUCAAUUCUGGUAG